AUGUCCACAUCGGCAAAAAUUUCUUCCAUAACCCGAAAGCUCUUUGGGGCGUUGGGGAGUCCAGCAGUGGGCCCUGGGUUCGCGUUUUCUCUCUGGGACGCCCGUCAGCCGGCCUUCGGCUCCGCGGCGCUGGCGCCACGGAUGGGGCCCGGGAAGGUUCUUGAUCAUGUGCCCCUGCUGCUGUAUAUCUUGGCAGCAAAAACAUUAAUCCUUUGCCUGGCAUUUGCUGGAGUCAAAAUGUACCAAAGGAAAAGACUGGAAGCAAAACUACAAAGACUGGAGGCCGAAAAGAAAAAGCAGUCAGAGAAGAAAGAUAACUAA